GUCAUUUUUCAGUGCACAUUCUUUCACAUUGGCUAUUUUUUUUUUUUUUUUUUUUCAUCACAAAGGCGACAUUACUUCACGUCCACGACAACCCUUACCCUAUCGCUCAUCCACUUCAUUCUAUCCAAACUCACAUUUCAUACACUCUCUCCCUGAUUCAGUCGCAUUUGUAUUCUUGUCUCUUGUCUCGUCUUAAAUCAGCCCCUCCUCACGCGACUGUGUAGGAUCACUCACCAUGACCGAGCCCGGCAUGUCAUCCUCGCCGAGGCCACCCUCGCCCAUCAUGGUCACAUCUUCACCGAAGCCCAACUCUUUACCAAAGAAUAUUAGUGUCGCCGCCAAUCAACUUCGCUCACCUUCUCCUUCACCAAAGACGCCUCCAACUUAUACUUGGGGUGGUUCUAACAGCAAGAACCGAGAUCUCAAUAGCGAUCCUCGUUAUAAGAAGUAUGUCCAGCUUGUAGAAAGAAACUUGCAAUCGUUUGACAGUGUCAAUGAAUGGGCCGAUGUAAAUCCUUUCCUACUCAAGAUAUUGCGAUCAUUUCAAGCAUACCCGCAAUAUACAGUAAUUCCACGGGGCCUGACUGUAGCAAAGAGACUAGCACAGUGCUUGAAUCCGGCUUUACCAGCAGGAGUACAUGGAAAGACGCUGGAGGUCUACGCAUACAUCCUCGAAACCAUUGGACCGGAUCAACUAGCCGAGGACAUCACUUUGUGGUCGUAUGGGUUGUUCCCUUUUCUUCAAUAUGCGUCUUUGUCCGUCAAACCACAACUACUCGACAUCUACGAAAAGUAUUACCUGCCACUUAAAGAUCGGCUCAAGCCAUGUUUAAAGAGUUUCUUGAUCGGUUUACUCCCUGGGCUUGACGAGGAGGGUAGCGAAUUUUUUGACAGAGUCCUUAACAUCAUUGACAGCCUUCGCAAGGCAGUUGAUGAAACAUUUUUCUUUCAGUGCAUGUGGUUGAUCCUCAUCACUUCAUCUCCGCAUCGAGGACCUGCUUUGCAUUAUCUUGGCAGGAGAAUGCCUUUGCUGACAAACACAGAAGAUGUGGCAUUUGUACUAGGAGAUGAUGCGGGACUAAUGGUGAGAGCCUUUUCAGCAACAGUGGGCGAUACCCAGCUUCUUGUUCAGCGCGCCAUGUUGGAUCUCAUGGUCGUACACUUUCCCAUCAGCAACGGGCUGAUCGAGCAUAAUGAUCUUGUAGUCCUCGUUAAGGCGGCAGUAGGCGUAGUGUUGCGGAAGGAUAUGUCACUCAAUAGAAGAUUGUAUGCAUGGUUGCUAGGUGCACAAGAAAGGAAGAAGAAGGUAUUUAAUGGACCAGCAAAGACUGCUUUGAUCGUUGGACUUCGGAGUAUAUUGCUUUCCGACAGCAAAGACCUUCAAGAGAAUCAGAAACCCUAUCGCGUGUUUGUCUCUUUAUUAGAUGAGUGGGACAUCGGGUAUCCUGUAAUCCAGGCGGUGUUCCUUGAUGCUGUGAUAUCAUUAAAAAGACAUGUUGAUCAAGAUAAUCAUGGAACAGAGCUUAUUCAAACAGCCACCAUGUGGAUCGAUAUGACGGACCCUUACCUCAUCUGGAAAAAGCUCUCCGAGGCUAUAUACGAUAACUUUCCUGCGGAGCUCGGAAAGGAAACAUAUGCUGUAGACUUAGUCAUCUUUUUUUUGAACUCAUUCAAGUUGAGCGAUGAGGAAAUGCAGCAUAUGCAUAUGCCUAUGUUUCUACUCUUCGUCUUGACAAGAAUCCAGGAUAUCAUCUCUAAGGAUAAUCUUAAUAUGUAUGCGGAACAGGUCAACAAUGCUCUUCUGCUGUGCUUGAUGCUAUUUCGACAUAUACCUGCGUCUGUCUUUGUACCUCAGGCUACUAUGCAGUCUCUGCAGGCACCUCAGCCGACACGUGCUCCAAAAUCAAAGCCUUCCACCCCUGUACCUACCCCUGCCCAUACCAAAUCAGAGAGCACAAGCAGCAAUCAACAACCAAAAAUUAUAACAUUUGACUCGCGCAUGGAUGUCAAGGACUACAUUGAGGAGUUCUACAUGCUCCGCCCUCAAAAGUCGGAUGAUAUUGAAGAUGCUUCAACCACGAAAGAAUAUGCUGGAAUUAGAGGCGAAGCGUUGACGCAGCAGGCAUUGGUAUUUAUCCAGAAUUUCAUUCAGAAUAUUCUUGAUGCCUGCAUGAAGGACAGCAUGAAGGCACACGCGCAUACAUCAAGGACCAUGAUCCAGAAAGCUUGCAAGAUUCUGCUGAUCCUCUCCAGAUAUCAUGCACCAUCUACCUCUGUAGAUGAUUGCUUUACUGGAGAUUGGAUUGAAAAAAUGCGUGCGGCAUCUCGUGAGAUGGCAGAUUUCGCAGUCAUCGAUGCGUUGGUAACAACAAUGGUGGAGCUUACAGUCGAGCUAAAGGUGGUUCAUCCAUCCUUCUUGGAUAAUCGUGUGCAUAUGAGACCAAUAGUAGACAGGGUCUGGACUUUCCUAGCAGAGGAAUACAUGCAUUUGCACCUUCGUGCUUCUCAGUUGAUCUGGAUGCUACAGGAUAUCACCUCGGUUAGCCACGAAGUCGAAACGGCCAUCGCCUCUUACCUAGUUUCGGAAAAUACCAAGACGAGGAUCGAUGCAUUCCAAAAAUUCGGGGUUUUCUGGCGAUUGUCAGACGACAUCCAACAUAACUCUGCAGCAUUCGUUCGCCCGAUGAUGUUGAUGCUUGACUCGCUUAGUAGUACCAACCCAUCCAAUAGAAGAGCAGGGGAGACAUGGAUCCGAAGUAACCUUAAAUCGUACCCUCGACUGCUCGAUCCACUUCUGCUUGUUCUCUACGACCAUACAAUUGUUCGUAAUGAAAUGGAGGAGACAUUCCACAACGAGCACUUCCCGGUACAUUACUAUAUACGUGAUUUUAAUCAGGCACAGGUGCAUUAUGUUUUCAAUACUCUUUUGACUGUGUUUCGAUUCGGAGGACUUGGAUUUUUGAGGUCAUUACGCCAGUCAACUAUUCACCUUGAUAUUGUUUCUUCUGUAUCAGAAAUUGUUGAAGUCACAGAUCCGAACCUGCCGCCUACAUACUUGGAGUGCUUUGUGCGGUCAGCGUUAAGAUUCAUUGAAAGCGAGCCCACCAGUGAUUACAAGUCGAUGUUGAACUUGAAUGAAGAGAUCCAUAUGGUCGCGACUGAUUUUCUGCAUUUCAUCAUUUCCAAAGUUGAUCAUAUUGAGCCUCCUCUUCUUGCAAUGAUCCAUAAAACAGUCAUCAAUAAGAUGCUUUAUUGCAUCAAUCACAGCCGUCUUGAUCUUCAGAGCCGUCUACUUCACCUCCUUCACGCCACUAUCUUAAUGGGCACCACAUCCGUUAAGAAAGCCAAUAACAUCGCGGGAAUAUCUUCUUCACAAGCUGUCCCUAUACCUCGGGACAGCUCCAUGUCAACAUUCGAAGGCACAUCAAUCAGCUCGAACCCAGCUAGCAACGAUGCCAACGAAAGCCUAUUCCGUGUUGUUGGAUCUUCACCACUUUUCGUCAAGACCAUCUUUGAUGCACUCUCAGUUCCUUCGAAUCGACCAAUUUUGCAGCAUUGGAUGGAUUUCCUAAUGUUAGCGCUUCCAUUCUUGACGAAUUAUUUUAGAAAAGUUUUACUACCUGUGAUUCAAUGCUUGUGCGAUCAGAUCCUGAGGAGUAGGGCGUGCCUGCAGGAAGCCUACUUGAGCCAAGCUAAAAAUCCUUCAACAGCCUCACCAAUGCUGACGGACCAGGACCUUAUGAUAUUUUUGACUGGAUUGGAGAGACUAUUGACAUUCAGUUUGGCUGAAGCCCGGCUGGGCGAGGACGUGGACCUGGUUCAUAAGCAAGAAUGGGAAGACGGACUACGAGGCACACCAGGCCUUGUCGCAAAUGUUUUGAGUAUCGAGGUGCACCCCAGUGAUGCAUACCAGGAGACUAGAGCUCGAGACACUGUUCUGCACAACAUUGUGGGCAUUAUACAGAUAUUUAUUGAGCUCUGGGCUGUUUUUGACAGCAAAAUUUCUACGGCUACUUCUGAAGCAGAGGAUGUAUCACUUCAGUUUGUAGGCGAACGUGUACGAGCUAGGCUAAAGCGCAUCUUGGCGGGUCUGUACAAGUCUUAUCCAUCUGAAGUCACAGAAGCGUUCGUGGAGUUAUUCUUGGCAGAGAAUCCGGUUGCCCUGGAUUUGGAAAACCAAAAACUUGAUCCAGAUUACAGAACGCUGGAGAUUCUGAGCGUAGUUCCUGGGGCGUCUCCUUUGGCAAUUUUUUUGACUCUGAUUGAAAGUAUCCGAGCGAGGACUCCUGGUAUGGCAACAACACGGUCCAAGCGUCCUAAUCUUAGGAUAAGCAAAGCAUCGGAUAUCGUCCUUCUGCGCUUUGUGGAGAUUUACUGCAACUAUCUCCCACAAGUUGAUUCCCUUGUGGAUCUAUGGCCACUUUGUCUAAAUUUUGUCCGCGAUUAUUUUCCACAGGCAACGACGUAUAAAUAUGCUUUUCCAUCCUUGCUUCGUGUUAUGACUGUACUCUGCGAUCGCCUCUCUAAUACAACCUACUUUGAAGACAAAAAGAUUCGCCGUGAUGCCUCAGACCUGUAUGGACGUGUUGUAGAACAGUGUGUUCUCAUCGCCGGUCGUUCGUUUGAUCAUGGCAUCUGGCUUCGAAACAGGAAUCCACAAGAUCUAGAGAUCCUUGAAGAAAGCGAUACAGAUUCAACUCGUGAAUCUAUUAAGCCUCUCUCGUCUGGUUCCUCCGAAGCAGAGCAGGCGAAACGGACCGGCAAGACUAAAGAGGAUGUGCUGAUUCAACAAAUCCUUACGAGUCUUGUUCAGAUGGUUAUUCCGAAUUUGAGAAAAAUUUUGCAGGAACAGGAUCGAAUUACGCAAGCAAUCAGCAAUCUGAUGUACUAUGUGAUAGCGCCAUCGUUAAAGUCGCGAGUCGGCAUUAAUGACUCGUCUGUGGAUCUACUGUGCGAGAUCUCAAAAAUCCCGUUCGUAUAUCGAACUUGGCGUAAGGAAGUUUGGGAGGUCUUUUUGGACAACAAGUUCUUUGUGAUGGGCCCUGCUGUGGCUAGAAAAUACCGCAUACUGAUACAGACCGCUAUGACAUCCGAAAAAGAACGAUUGGUUGAGUUAUUGGGUCGGAUAUCGACGUCGCCGUCAAGUGCGUUAUUCACCAGCCGUGACCAAGAAUCACUUAAUAGAGCGCUGAUGCUGCGUCGACUGACAUUUGUAAUAUGGUGCGGUGCAGUGGACCAAUAUCUCCCCCAAUUACCCAACAUUCAAGAAAAACUCGUGGAAUUACUCAAGCUCAGCUCUACGGAGCAAGUGCAUCCAGAGAUCUAUUUGUGUCUCCGUGUGUUGCUCUGCCGAAUUUCGAAUCAGCACUUGAACAACUUUUGGCCAGUACUUCUGACUGAACUGAUCCAAAUUUUUAACGUUUUCUUGAUGGAUGAAAACGAUCGACCAGAACAAGUCAGUCUUUUAUUGUCUGCGUGCAAAUUCUUGGAUUUAUUGUUCGUUCUGGAAGAUGGCCAAUAUUUCAUUCAUCAAUGGAUAUUUAUUUCAGAUGCUAUUCGCAACACGGUGAUGGCUUCACCUAUGGGCGAAGCCAUGCCCCAUGCCCUCAUGGAUCGACUAGGCAAAAAACUCUUUGAGGAAGGCCCAGUUGACGGGUAUGCCAGUUCCAAUUCCACAGUCAUCGCGCCUGAUAGCUCUGGGGUCUCUAUAAACACUGUUGCAGCUGUGAAUGAUCAAAAUCGUACGCAACAGGCAACCGCACUUUCUGAAGAAGAUCGUUGGCUGUCAGACAACGAUGUCCUAGAGAAAAUGUCAUUCGGUUCAUUGAAUCCUCUUACAGAUUCAACAGGGGCUGUACUCCCAUUAUCCCUUUCCAACCCCUAUGCAACAGCAUCACUGACAUUUCAAGGAUCAGAGCAACAGCAGCAAUCUGCUAAAGGCUUGUUGAUACCGUCUUCAUUGUCAACAUCUACAUCUGCGCGAGCACUCAAGCGCCCGAUGCUGACAAUGCGAUCGAUUCAGAACGUGCGCGAACUUGAAUUCUUCUUAACCCAUGUAGCCCAGUAUGUGUACCAUACGACGUAUUUGUUGGCAAAGCCAGACAUGCAGUUUAUAGAAGCUCUGAUAGAGCGUGACAUACUAAGUGGCAGUGGUCUGGAAGAAUAGAUUUAUUAUGACAAUAAUUAUAGUGCAAAUAAUAAUAGAAAAAAAAAGG